CUGCUUACAUAUAUGCGAGCAGUGGCUGUAGCAUUCUUUUUUGAACGAGUUACUCGAAAUGUAAUCAAAAACACGGAAACACUUUCAAAAACAAAAAAGGACGAAGUAGCCGUUGCAUUUGAGUAACCGUGUUUUCUGCUAAUCUGACAGAAGCAUCGCAUUCAGCUGUCCAUUGCGUUCAUAUCUUUUAUUUUAUAAACCGUUUCGAAAACCGCCAAUCCGCGAGCAAUAACUUCAGUGCCCUUUGCUAUUAAAACCUGUUUCGGAACUUUUCGCUGUUUAUAUUUUCGGAAAAUCGCACAUUACUUUCGACAGCAUAGUUUGUAGUACAAGUACAAUGCAAAAUUGCGAGGUGGAAGACGACCUGCAGUCAUCGAGUGCUGUACCCAAGCGUUGUAUCAGCUACGUAGCGAUGAAGGCCCUGCACGAAAUGCAACUGAGCAAUACGCUGUGCGAUGCCACCAUCUCCCAGGAUGAGUUCACCUUCCGGGUACAUCGAGCGAUUCUGAGCUCGUGCAGUGACUACUUCCGGACGCUGUUCACCACUUCGGUGCCCAGUGAGAAGAAUCACAUAUCGGUUGCGGGUAUUCGAGGGACCAUCAUGGAACGGAUCAUACGCUACGCUUAUCUGAGGGAGUGUGAUAUCUGCGAAGAGGACAUGUUCGAAAUGUACGCCGCGGCGGACUAUCUCGGGAUGGCCAGUUUGCAGGAGCGGUGUGUCCAGUACAUUAAAAGUGUUUUGCGGACGGAAAACUGUGUGGUGAUCAUGCUGUAUGGUAGGCAACGGGGGUGUCCCCCGCUGUACGAGUUUGCUAGAUCGCAUGUGAUGAAGAAUUUCGUGGAAGUGUCGAAACGGUGUGAAGAUUUGAUGAAGUUGACUGUGGAUGAUCUGUACAGCAUACUGAGCGAUGAGCUGCUGAACGUGAAGGACGAGGAACCGGUUUGGGAGUGUUGCGUACGAUGGAUACAGUUUGAUGAAACAAACAGGGCACAGUUCGUAACUCGGUUGAUGCGGGCCGUCCGGUUGGGUUUGCUGCGAACGCAGUAUUUUCUGGAAAUGGUCAAAGAAAACCGAUUCGUGGUCGCUUGUGAAGAUACGAAACCGCUCAUCAUCGAAACGCUGACAUUCCUUUACGACUUGGACAUGGUAAAUACCAAACGGAGUCAAAUCAAAACGCCAUCGCUGGCACUGCCUCGACUGCCAUAUGACAUUAUUUUCACCUUCGGUGGCUGGAGCGAAGGUUUACCACAGUCGAUCAUCGAAACCUACGACACCCGAGCGGAUCGGUGGGUCAAAAUAGAAACCGAAAAUCGUACAGAAGCUCGAGCUUACUACGGUACAGCCGUUAUCGGUCACAUGGUUUACUGCAUCGGAGGCUACGACGGGGUCGAACAUUUCAACACCUGUCGGAGGUUUGACAGCGUGGAAAAAGUCUGGACGGAUAUCGCGCCGAUGCAUUGUCGACGAUGUUAUGUAAGUGUGGUGGAACUGGAUGGUGAGCUCUAUGCCAUGGGUGGAUACGACGGGCAUAAUCGGCAGAAUACGGCCGAGGUGUAUAAUCCGCGAACGAAUCAGUGGACCAUGAUCGCUCCGAUGCAUCAUCUGCGUUCGGAUGCCGAUGCGUGCGUCAUGGAGGGAAAAAUCUACAUCACCGGCGGAUUUAAUGGGCAGGAGUGUAUGAACUCAGCGGAGCGGUACGAUCCCACCGAAAACACUUGGACCUUACUACCGAACAUGCUGUGCCGACGCUCGGGCGUUUCGUGUAUCGGCCAUAAGGGAACCGUCAACGCGAUCGGAGGUUUCAACGGUUUGCUUCGGUUGAACAGCUGCGAGCGGUACGAUCCGAUCACGCAUCGAUGGCAGGCCUUUAGGGAGAUGUAUCAUCAGCGUAGCAACUUUGGGGUUGAGGUCAUCGACGAUAUGAUUUUUGCCAUCGGGGGCUAUGAUGGGGUCAGCGCAAUUUCCCACACCGAGUGCUACGUGUUGGAAACCAACGAAUGGCUGGAAGCAUCCGAUCUCAACCUGACGCGUUCGGCAUUCAAAGCCGUCGUCCUCUCGGGACUUCCGAACGUGCGCGAUUACAUCCACAAAGAUAGGGGCAAUCUGAUGGCCGAAAGAAGACAAAAAUUUCUCAGUGCGGAACAAGAAGGGGACUACAUCCUGUCCGAAUCGAGCAGUGCCAUCAACGAGUCAACCGCCUUCGGCCUCAGUAACAGCAGCAGCAACAGCAACCCCAGCAGUAAGUCAAUCAAACGGGUGACGGACGCACGGUGUGUUCAAAGUUUUAAGCCUACGAUGACGCCGCCGCCGCCGUUCAAAAAACCUCAGAAGCCCGAUCGGGGACAGAUCGUUAUCCUGUACUGGGUUGUUGUUGUUGUUGUCGCGAUACAUGCGUUGAUUGUCGGGCUCGGUUAA